GCUGUUGUUUCCUUCAUCCUGACAACCACCAAAGAUGUUUGCUGGGUGGUUCUUUGUAGGAGUUCCUAUCUGUAUGCCUUUAUUGAUUAGUCUCUGCUUCCCAGAAUAUCUAGAUUAGAUCUCAGAGAAUACUGGACUUGCCAAAAAGAUUAAACCUGCUGCACUUUAUUCUAUUUGUCCAUAACCUAUGGAAGUUUGUAGUAGGGCUGUCCGAUUACUAGUUUCCAGAAUUCCAUAACCGUAUUCCCCUAGUUCAUAGACGAAAACAAUCUCAACCUGGGUUUUGGGUCUUUCGAAGUGAGGAGAAGUAUGGGGUAAUUAUCUGAGAAAUGGAGGGGAUGGGGGAAAAAUCUUCUUAUUCGGUUGGAACUUGGGAGUUUGGAGUUUUCUGAUACUGUUUUUCUGUUAUUAUUAUGUCAGCUUUAUGAACUCUAUUGUUGGAGCUGUCUUCCUGUGUUUUGUUUAUGUCCAGAUACAUAGCGUCUUAAUGUAUACUUGCAGAUGCUUGAUGAUUGAUGCAAGAAAGAACUGAUAGCACGCAUCUAUAGUGCUACUUCUUCUUACAGAUAGUUUUAGCAGCCUAUGCAAGGGAAAUUCUGCGCAUGUGUGUUAGCAUAUCAUGAGCAUCAGCUGACCUAAAAAGGCGAUUGCUUCAUUCAAACGUUUAGAAGUCCUUGAUUGUCAAUUUCUCUCGAGAAAGGAUAAUUCGCUAGCUUUGCCAAUGUGGACGAAUGUUUGUAAAUGUGUUGUUUUGUCUGGUGAUCUGUGUGAUGCAAUUUUCUUUGGAGCGAGGAAUUAAGAGGUCACGAGCAUUCUGACCGUAGCAGGAUGAGAAGUAGAACUUGCUUGGAGCAAAUUGCUGCUAGAACAAAUUGCCCUCUUAUAGGUUGGUUUCAGUUGUUUUAGCUUUAUGUUCUUCUGAUACAUCGAAUUGCAUCACUUUUACAAGUCAAGACAGGAAAACCACAACUUGAACUUUGUUCUUUGUAAGUGGUAAAACAGAGCUAUAGCUGCAUGGGUAGAAACGUACACACUUCGCAAUUCCAUGUAAUCUACUACUUUGAUCAGCCGAGCACAAAAUGGAUGGGUGAGUCACCCACCAGUGAGAUAGAUUUGUUUUAGAUUGUUCUACCACCAAUUCUACAGGCACUAUCAUUUGGCGAUAUGAUCAACAUCAGCUAGUGAAGAGUGAUGCUGAUGGGGUUGAGAUAUUGGUCAUGGGGCGCAUUUGGGCCGUGAGUGCUCUGCCCUCCCAUGGCACAUCCAAUCUUGGCACUGCAACUUGCAACCAGAACUCAGCCUUCUCCAUGCCUAGUCCCCACCUUCAGCAUUCUGACUCAUCUAGGACUGAAUGAGAUUCGGAUAAUAAUCAGCCGGUCCAAGCAAUUUUCACGGCCCACCGGGUCAUCAUCGACCUACCCGAUGAGGUAAUCCCCAUGCACGAAAUCUCGGUUUUUCCUUAAAGCUCAAGCUUACGCCUUUUGGCUACGACCAAUCAUAGUUUUGUAUAGUCUGGUUCUUAAUUGUUUUGGCUGUUGCUGAGUGGUCUAGCCUAGCCUCGUGCCUGCUAAUGCAUUGGAGCAAAAAUGCUAUUAGAUUGCUUAAUCAUGUCAUGUGGGGAUUAUUGAUGAGGCACUUGCUUGCCUUGCUCUCCAUAUCUUGGAACUGCGCACAUGCGCAGGAGCUUCAGGGUCAACUUUUCCACGCAAUAAUAAAAAAAAGCAUCCACAGGUAGUUCCUUCGCUGCAGAUCACUGGCAUCUAUCGGUCCAUCCAGAAUCUUUCGCUCACAGCCUGGGAUUAUAUCAUCGUCCCACUCGACUUCGCCACUAUAUAUCAUCAUUCGUUCAUCGCUCAAUCUGCGAACUGCCCAUCACCUCCUCCUGGUCCUGCUCUGCCUUCCUCUGUCUCUCUCUGUCUCUCUCUCUCUCUGUGGCACACGCACAGGCAGAGGAAAGCACACUCCAAUCUUGCUUUAGAUACAAGAACCGAUGGGCUUUCCAGUUGCUUACACCGAGAUUUCCUUACCGAAGCUCCUGUUCCAAACCAUCCCCUUCCUCCGCCUCAUCAGGAUCCUCGUCUCCUCCCUCCUCCGCCUCCUGGGCUUCCCGGAUUUCCUCGAGAUCGACCCUCCUCUCCCCGAGAGCCGAACGCCCGUCCGCCCGCCCGUGUCCGCCGUCCUGAUCCAAGAAUUCCUGCCCCUGGUGAAGUACCGGGAGUCGUCUGACCCGCCCGAGAGCUGCACGGUCUGCUUGUACGAGUUCGAGGCCGGGGAGGAGGUCAGGGAGCUGAAGAACUGCAAGCACGUCUUCCACAGGGGCUGCCUGGACCGCUGGAUGGACUGCGACCAGCGGACGUGUCCACUUUGCAGGACCCAGUUCUUGCCCAAGGGAAUGCAGGAAGAGUAUGACGGGUGGCUGUGGGACGCUGCUGCUGCUAAUCCUGGGAGCGGUGUUCUUGAGCUCUACGGCGAUUACAGUUCGAUUUAGGCUGUGGGUGGCGGUUCCGCGAGCUUGUAUAUAUAAAGGGCAAGUUAGUUCAGAUCCAGGAAUCAAGAAUAAGACUCGAAACAAGAAGAAGAAAGGUUUUUGCGACUGCUUUUUCUUGAUGUUUACUCCCACAAAGAACCGAAAACGAUGACUGGUUUCGAUAUGUCAAUAAGGCCUUUUUGGCUCCCUUCUUUUUUUGUGAGAUUUUGCGGUGUGAAGAUCUUCUCUCUUUCUGUCAUGGCUCGUUGCCUAUUAUCUGAUACAGAAUCAAUCGUGGUUUUGGAGUUUCCAAGAGAA